AUGCCGCGUGCCGGGCAAGUUGUGACGCGCAAGUCCAGGAGAGGAGGGGGAGCCGGAGGAGACCUCAAGGAGAGAACUGCACUAGCAGAGGACAAGACAGGGACAGGGCAGGGCAGGGCAGGGCAGGGCAGGGCAGGGCAGGGCAGGGCAGGGCAGGGCAGGGCAGGGCAGAACAACUUGGCGCAGAACAGGAUGUCAGCCAAGAACUCCCCCGCCUUGAACGCCGCCAAAGGCAGCUCCCCCGUCAUCGUCCCUCUGACGUCUGCCACGUCCCCGGCCGUGAAUGCUACCAGCGCGCUUGUUUCUCCUCCGUCCUCCGGCAAGGCUCCAGUUCCUGUCAGCCCUGUCAUGUCGGGACAGCAGAUCCUUGUGAGCCAGCCGGUUGUCAGCUCGCAGGCCAUGGGCCCUGGCGCUUUCGCCAUCCCUCAAGUCAUCAGCUAUGGCGGAGGAGCGUACAACGUUCAGUCAGCCAUGUUCCCUCAGCCCAGCAUGAUCCCUGUCUCGCAAGAGUUCGUCUCCAUGCCGGUCCAGUAUGGCAACGUCUCCAUGAUGUACCGCUCCACAGACGCUCUGUCAACUGGCAGCAUGUACGCCAGCAGCUCUGCCAUCCGUGUCAACCAGGUCAAGGGGAGCCGAGCGGCAUGGAGCCCAUGGCAUGACGAUUCUCACCUUCAGGCCUUGCGCAAGGAGCACGGAACCAUCCGCUACCAGAUGGAUCGCUACCGCAUCCGUGUUGCUGAGCUCGAGGACCAAACCAAGAACAUGAUGAUCCAGAUCGCCAGCGUGGAGGUGCUGCAGCAGGAGAACGGAAAUCUCAAGGCUGAGAAGGCAGAUCUUCUCAACAGGUUGAACCAGGUCUUCCAGGAGCGCGAGAUGAUCCAGGCUCAGUCUCUACAGACUAUCACCAAGUACGAAGAAACGACCAGGCAGCUGGAGCCCAUCAUUUACAAGUGCGACCAGUACGAGAAGGUGGAGAACCUGCGGCAUGAGAACGUCGAGUUGAGCAACCAGUUCCAGCAGGAAAGGGAGAGACGCAUCAAGCUCGAGAGCGAGUACGAGCAGUUCCGCGCUCGCCACAUCAGCUGCGAGUCACAGAUCAAGAGCCUGACCACGCAGCUCUCCAGCUACACCAGCUCCAUCGCCACCAGCUCCAGCAUCCACACCUCCGGCCGUUACUCGACCUCUUCUGUCCCCUACCAGAGCUAUCUCUCCGGCAAGUACGAGGUGGCCAGCGCCAACGUACCUACUUCAUCUUCGUAG